UUGUUGAUAGUGACGUCAUCGCCCUGUCAACCAUCAUGGCGGCGUCCAAAGGAGGCUUCGCAGUGUUAGAUAUACAGAAUGACGACCAAGAAAUAGGAAUGGAUCUGCAAUUUCAAGACUUCGGAGAUACGCGGACCCAGCCAGCGGGGAGCGGAGGAGGAGGGGCAGUGGGGGGCAAACACGAGCAAACCAUUCUGUUCUCCGAGUUUCCCGACACUGCGGAGGAUGACCAGGAGCAUGACAAGAUGUCACCCCGGCCAAAGAGACACAAAGGUGAGAGCCUGUGCUUGCCUGGACUGCCCCUCAGGCCUGGCCAUGUCCAGGUGAGGGCCGUGCUGCCAGACUGGGUGAGGGGAGAGCCACCCCUCACCCACGUGGUGGCCCUCAGGCUGAAGGACAAGAGGCAUACAUCCCAGGCAGUGAAGCAGCUGUCCAUGGCACUCCCUGUCCCAGCACUGACACACCUUAAGAGGGUGAGGCGGCUACCCAGGGAGGAUGUCAGGAAGCUGAGCCUUGGGGAGCCAGCAGGACAGGACGCCAUGCUCAUCUACCUCAACUUUGCCGAGGAACUCAACAUUGUGCCAGACACAACCACAGACAUUGCCUCUCUUGGUGAGUCAGACGUCUCCCGCGUGUUUGUCCAGCUGGAGGACAUGAGGGUGGACACACAGCACUACACACAGCAGGCGUUUGUGUGUCGAGCUGCGCUGCACCCACCCAGACUUAGGGAAGUGUACGAUAAGGUCACAGCUCUCUGGCCAUGUGUGUUUCACGAGGACGCUUACCUCACACGCCUCGCCUCGGACACUUUCUUCACCCCAGGGGAGAUAGAGACCAUCACGGCACACAUGAAUGAGGCAAUAGUGGCAGGGAGGCAGGCUGGCAAUGCAGGAAGACCCCCUGUAGGCUGUGUUAUCAUGGACGGAGUGACAGGUAGCAGGUGUGUGGCACGGGAUGGCCGGUUCUCACAUCCACUACAGCACGCGGCGAUGGUGGCUGUGGACAUGGUGGCAGUGAUGCAGGGUGGUGGUGCCUGGACAACAACACCAUGGAGAAAUAAGGAGGAUGAAAUGAUGCAAAGUACUUCUAACUCUUCCUUGCCUUGUAAAAUAGUGACUCAGAGUGUAUGUAAUGCCUCAGAUUCCUUCAAAAUGACAGCCAAGAAUACCUCCUUCUCAAACACCCAAGGGAGUGAAGGAAUAGGAAGAGAUUGUAAGGGUGAGGUGAAAGACAUGAAUGCUUCUGAUAACACAGGUAAUGCAGAGGAAAAUGAAGGAAAGGAAUGCAAGAAACAUAUGUCACAAACAAAAGAUGAGAAAACGGAAGGAGGUGAUGAUAAAGGAAAGAGAAUAGAUAACACAAUACCACAGACAAAAGAUAAAGACAAUACUUAUGACAACACAAGCAACACUCAAGGAAAUGAUGGCAAAAGUAGAGAAUGGAAAGAAGGUGAGGAUGUGAAAAACCAAGGAAAUACAAAAAAAGAAGAGAAAUACAAAGACAAGACAUCACCACAGACAAGAGGCAAGACCACCAACACAAACAACAUCAACGAAAGUGAAGAAAAGGAGCAAACAAGAAACAAGACCACCAACACUUCACACAACACAAACAACAGCCAAGAAAAUGAAGAUAGAAGAGAACACCAGAAUCAAACAUUACCACAGUCCACCAACACCUCAAGCAACACAAACAGCCAAGGGAGUGAUGGCACAUCCUACAUUUGCACCGGCUGUGACGUUUACCUGACUCAUGAACCAUGUAUGAUGUGUGCCAUGGCCCUUCUGCACUCCAGGGUAAGGCGAGUGUUCUACCUGCAUCCCGACCCUUCCCUGGGGGCCCUGGGGUCACGUGUCAAGCUGCACACACUACCUGGCGUCAACCAUCGCUAUGAGGUGUUCAGAGUGCACCCUUCACCCUCUUUGUGAUGAGAGGUGAAGAACAUAAGAGCUUAACUUUGAGAUUUGUGUAUGAUUAGACUAUUUUCUUGACAUUAGGAAGGGUUCUAUGGAGGUCAGAAGAUUAAUGACCACAGUCUUCACUAUUUUAAUCCCCCAUAUAAGUUUCUGAAGCUGUAUAAAAUCACCAAAUAGUAAGCAGAAUGAAUAUGAGAAUGCAUCAUGGUACUCAAGGGAUUAACAAAAUGAGGGAAGCUGCAAGAGGCAAUCAGACAUACAUGUGAUAGUCUCUGUAUGAACAAAGCUACCUAAUUCCACCUAUCAUCCUCCACAUGUGUCUAAUCUUCUAAAGCUCCAUACUGACUCACCACUAACAACGUGAUUACUGAGUUUGUGUCAGCGCCGUGACAAGUGCUUGUGGCAAGGUGACUGAUACCACCACAUCAAACUCACACCACACUUUAUUGGAAUGCGGUCAAACUUGUAGAAUUAACAUAUCAGCUACAUUAUAAUCACUCUUCACUUUGUCAAUGUGGCAGAAACUUUACAGUUUACACUUUCCAUAAACCUAUCCCGUCACGUGACACAAGACAAACACCCAAUACACCUCAGCAUGACAUUCGAGGCAUUAAUAUGUGCAUACAAUAUAAAUACGAUAAUACACAGUAAUACAUAUGCAAAGCGGGAACAGUUGGCUUCUGUGGGGUGUUCCUUACUUUUGAACAGCGUUACACAUAACACCAAUAGCAUUGUCUCCAACACAGUAAUGCAGGAGUCUUGAGUGACACCUCAGCUCACCACUGUUUGUGGUGGAAUGAGAUGACGUACAGAGCCUUGAGACUUUACUGAGGGUCACUCAGAAAAAAACUUAAGGAACAAGGGAGUGAGUUGUGCCUAUAGAACUUAUGGAGUUACUGAUAAGGGGAAGGGAGGUGUGACGCGUCAGUGUGAACCCCGUCCUGCGGGUAAUGGGUCAACCCGACGUAAACGCUCUCUCCAUCUCUUUCUCACUUUCUCUAUAGCCAGCUGUUAACAGCGGCUACAAUCCAUUCUAUUCAUCAGCCACCCUGUUAAUUGCUGUUUUGUUCUGUUGAGUGAAAGGAAGAAACUUUUUUAUAUCUAUCCUUUUUUUUUUCUUGGUUUGUUUAUUUGUUUAUUUAACGCCUUUAGUACCAAGCUGCAUUUUCAUAUUCAUUCUGCAUACUAUUUAGCGAUUUUAUACAGCUUCAGAAACUUGUGUGGAGAUUGAAAUUGUGAAGACUCUGGCCAUUUAUAUUUUGACCUCCAUAGACCCUUCUUAACGCAUAUAAAAUUGUGUAAUCGUGCCCAAAAAAUCAUGGUAAAAAUUCAUCCCAGUACUGAAGGGGUUAAUGAGAAGAGACUUUUGUUUAUUCAUUUUUUGUCUUAUUCCUUGGUUUGCCUAUUAUUUUAUUUUAAGAGAAAAGAAAAGGAGUUUGUACAUAUUAUUUUUCAUGUUUCUUUUUAUUUAUCAUUUUUACAUAGAAAAAAAAUUAUAUGUAAUCUUUCCUUAUCAGAACUAACUCCAAUUUUGUACUUCAAAUUUGUAAACUUGAAAUAAAACUAACAGUGAC